CGGGACACAAGGGAGAGGGAAAACAUCCCCUCCAUCCAUUCAUCUGAACUGUAAACAGGGAUCAGCACCUCUUCUCUAAAAAGACUUGAAAACGUAGGGUGCGGAAGAGGGGAAAGACCUGCCCGCUCUUCAGUACUUUGCUUUGGUUCAAAAAUUCAUCCAGCUGCAGCAGAAUGAUUAAAAAAGUCAUCCAAUCCAUAGUAAAUCAAAUGGGUUCAGGAUCAGACCUGGUCCUAGUUCACAGCAUCUUAGACCAAGAACAGAUCAGACCUCUCUGUCUAGUGACAAUCCAAGAGAAAAAAAUGUUCCAGAAAUCUCCCCACUACAGACGGGCACCUUUCAAACUUGAGGACGUGCUGCUGCCUGGAGAAGAUGAUAAAAGCACAGAGUCCCUCUUUCCCAAAGGAGGCCAUCGAGAACCAAUGCAAUUUACAGUCACAAAAAGUGUCAAUGACAGAGUUGAUGGUAAUCUAAGCCUUCCUGUUGAGCCUGCAAACAUAGAGGUGAACGCAGCUGCCUCCGCAUCCAAAGAGUGGUCCAUCAAGCUGGAGAUGAACCACAUACCGGUACAAGAAAUUCAGGCACUUAGUACAAAAAGAAAAAUAAAUAUGAAUCACUCCUUCAUUCAACAACUACAGAAAUCAGGAGAGCGUUUACACAUGGUGUAUGAAACAAUAGAAACCUCAGAAGACACCACCUGCAAAGCAUCCUCCGAGAUUGGGGGGGGCCUCAAGACCUGGAUUUACGCCAAAUUGUGUGCAAAGGGCACUAGAGAGAAAAAACAAAGCAUAACUAUACCCAAGGGCUGCACUCUGGCAUUCAGGGUAAUCCCGCUGGACAUUACAGAUGGAUCAUGGGAUCUUGACUAUUUCACAUCCAAAUCACUGCUCGUAUCUGAUGGUUUCUCAACAGGAAAAUUAGGAGAACUGGAGGUAGAAGUUAGAGGCACUUGUCAAGUUCUGUCCAAGUUGUCUCUUGAUGUGUCUGUCAUACUUUUAAAAGCCAUCAAAGCUGUGAUGAGAGACAGGAACCUCUUUCAAGAACUGACCCAGAAAAUGGAAGCAGUUCUUCAUGAAACUGGUAGUUGUGAGCUGAAAACAGAAAGCCCAGACUUAAAAAACCUGUUGAGCAUCUUACAGUAUUCUUCAAGACAACUUCUCCUUCAGAUGGCAGGAGCAAUCGCCUAUGUUCUUGACGCGUUAGACGAACUAACGGAGGAUCAGUUGCUGCUACUGCUGGAGUCCUUGGAAGAGAAGAUUGUGCCCCAACAGCUUAAGCUGGUUGCGGCUAUCUUGGAACACAACAUAGAAAAAAAGGUGAAUUUCAGGGUGGAUGCCAGCUUGCUCUCCUUCUCACAAGAGAAGGAACAAGAAUUGACCAUUGCAAUGGUUGAGAUGAGUGGAGUGACGCUCCAGAAAGACGGUUCUGUUGUCUGUAUGGAAGAUGCCUUCCCGGCCCUAGCAGCCCUGUGCGUGUCUCUGUAUGUCCUCUGUGUUCUGAAUAAAUAGGUUAGGUUACACGUGUCCUCCCAUCAGGAGUGACUUAAAGGGAAUCAUUUGACAAGUGUGUUACUGCAAGACAGUUUCUCUCUCUAAACCUCACACCCACAUAGGUGAGAUAUUCCUUAUUAAUGCUCCGUGCUGAUUUGAAAUUAUUAGGAAAAGCAGACUUAAGGCAAGAAAGCUCCUUAUGGAAGCCAGAUACCAAAGCUGAUUUUUCUUUCCCCCCAUACAAGUGCAGAGUGCCAACUGAAAAAUCCAGCAGCUCAAAUAAUCACAAGCCUAUCAGCUGCACUUUAUGUGAUUCUGCUUUUCCUAAAAAAAAAAAAAAAAAGCUAGCACACAGCUGCCCAUGCAAUCAAUAAGGUACAAAGGAAUCAAUCAGCAAUAAUUCCCUUAUCCUGGUCACACUUGUGAUUCAUGCAUGACUUGUUAAGUGUUAGAAAUCCGUAGGAUCUCACACCCCUGGUAGAGCAGCACCUCCAGCCCAAGAUCACACCCCCUACCAGCGAGGAACAAAUUACAACAUCGCACAACAACGCUACAAAUGCUUCGAUGACUGCUUCGUAA